GGGGCCAAAUGCCCCGAAUUGAGCCCCUUUUUGAAGCUUCCUAACCUCACUAAAACGUCCAAACCCCCCUUUCGAAAAUUCCAAGAUGGAGUCACCCAACUGACAUUCAUACGUCAAAAAACUGACCCCAAUUUUCGUCGUAGUGUCUCCAAUAAUAAUGAGAAAUUCACCGCGAUUAUAGAAACGUAAACGUCCGAAAAAACCGUUUUAUUUUUAGAACCGCUCAGUCAUGUCUCUGAAACCGCGCCGUGUGGACUUCAACGCGACCUGGGGCUCCAUCCGGGACACCAUCCGGGGGGUGAUCACCCUGGACCACGUCCCGCGCCCCGUGUGGAACGACCGCUUCUCGGACGUCUACUCGCUAUGUGUGGCCCAUCCCGAGCCCAUGGCGGACCGUUUGUACGCCGAGACGAAGCAGUACCUCAUCGACCACGUCUCCAAACUGCUUGUGCAAGUGCAGGACGAGGGCGAGGCCAAUUUGGUGAAAAGUUACUACCAUUAUUGGUCGCAGUACUCGGUAGGGAGUCAGUACUUGCACAGUUUGUACUUGUACCUCAACCAGCAACAUAUAAGGACUCAGAAACUGUCCGAUGCUGAGAUUAUUUACGGGAGUUCGGAUUCGUCAGGGGGCGAACAAAUGGAGAUCGGGGAGUUGGCGCUGGAGGUGUGGCAGUCGGGGAUGAUAGCCCCCUUGGGGCAAAGGCUUGUUAAACUGCUACUGGAGGCGAUUGGGGAGGAUAGGGCGCAAAAUACGUGUGCUAUACCGAUUGAUGCAGUCAGGGGCACAAUUCUUAGUUUUGUUGAGGUGCAGGGCUACAAGAAAAAGGGCCAACUGCAACUGUACCAGGAGUUAUUUGAGGAGCCGUUCCUCAAAGAAAGCGGCGAGCAUUUUAAACGCGACGCUGCCAAACUUUUGCAAGAGAAAAACGUCUCCCUGUAUAUGGAGCGCGUCAAGGGACGAAUUGAGGAGGAACUGUUACGUGCACGUCGCUUCCUCCACACCAGUUCCCUCCCGAAAGUCUCCCAACGAUGUGAAACACACAUGGUGGCCGAACAUUUGGACUUUUUAUACAGCGAAUGCGUGGCAAUGGUACAGGGUGAGCGCAAAAAGGACCUCUCAAAUAUGUACGAUCUGCUCAAAAGCGUCCAAAAUGCAAUGGUUGUGCUUGUUGAUACCGUUCUGGACCAUAUUAAGACGCAAGGAUUGACGGCUGUUGGUAAUAUUGAUACCGAAAAUAUUCACAUAACGUUCGUCGAAAAUAUGCUAGCGGUUUAUAAAAAAUAUAAAUUGUUGAUUCAAGAGGUGUUCAAGUCGGAUCAGAAUUUUAUGGGGGCUUUGGAUAAGGCCUGCAGUUCCGUUAUUAAUCACAAGUUUGGCAAGCCUGUGUGUAAAAGCCCCGAAUUUUUGGCCAAGUAUUGCGACGCAUUGUUGCGCAAGUCGAGUAAAGGGAUUAGCGAUUCGGAGGUGGACGAAAAGCUCGCCGAGAGCAUAACAAUUUUCAAAUAUAUCGACGACAAAGACGUAUUUCAAAAAUUCUAUUCUCGAAUGUUGGCCAAACGCCUCAUCCACCAACAAACGCAAAGUAUGGAUGCGGAGGAGGCCAUGAUCAAUCGUUUAAAACAAGCAUGCGGUUACGAAUUUACAAGUAAAUUGCAUCGAAUGUUUACCGAUAUGUCAGUGAGUGCGGAUCUCAAUAAUAAAUUUAACGCAUUUUUGAAACAAGACAACAUCGACCUCGGAAUUAAUUUCAGUAUAUACGUAUUACAAGCAGGGGCGUGGCCAUUGGGCCAGACGGUGACCACGCCUUUUACGUAUCCUAGACAACUGGAGAAGAGCGUACAAAUGUUUGAAAAUUUCUAUCAUAAUAGGUUCAACGGUCGCAAAUUGACAUGGUUGCAUAAUUUGUGUCAAGCGGAAUUGAAGUUGGGCCAUUUGAAAAAAUCGUAUCUAGUGACAAUGCAGACGUUUCAAAUGGCCACUUUGUUGCUGUUUGAACACACGGAUUCGCUCACUUUUCGCGAAAUUAGGGAGAGUUUGCAACUAACCGCCGAACAGUAUCACAGAUACGCGGCUAGCUUGAUUGAUUGUAAAUUAUUGAUAGCGGAUAGUACGGAUUUGAAACCGGAAACGGUGCUCCGUUUAAACAUGGAAUAUAACAACAAGAGGACGAAGUUCCGGAUAAAUGCGGCUGUGCAGAAAGAGUCGCCUCAGGAGAUUGAACAAACGAUGAAUUCGGUCGAAGAGGACCGGAAGAUGUACUUGCAGGCGGCCAUUGUUAGGAUUAUGAAGUCGAGGAAAAUACUCAAACAUAACGCUUUGAUACAAGAGGUUUAUGCGCAAUCGAAAGUUUCCUUCGCACCGAGUGUUCAGUUGAUCAAAAAGUGCAUCGAAUCUCUCAUUGAUAAACAGUAUAUCGAAAGGACGCCACAUUCGAGCGAGGAGUACAGUUAUGUAGCUUAGAAUCACUAACUUAUGUUUGAUCGGUUUGAUAAAUAUUGUAACAUAUUUGUAAAUAAGUGAUCACUUUAAUUUUUCUAUGGUUUCAUUCUGGCCAGGUUAGUUUACGACUAAUUACUGUAAUUUGCCCUUUGUGAUAAUAAAAUAUAAACAAGA